AUGAGCCGCAGCAAGCGGCGCGAAGAUGUACGAAGGCGAGCCUUGUACCAGGGCCUGGACAGCCCCAAACCACCAGAGUCACCCCUCCCCCUUGUUUCCAGAACCUCGGACAGGGCACAACGUCAAAGAGGCGUCCCUGGUGUUUGGUGUCCCUGUGGUGUGCGCAUGGUUUGUGGCGAUCGUCGGCAUCAUUUCUGGGACUGUACUGUCGCGUUGGCUCUUCCCGCCGCGGCGGCGGCCAGGAGCUCUCCUGCUGCUUCAUUGGAUUCGCACCAGGCUCCGGACUACAGCCGCGUGAUGCGACUGGCACAACAAAUCUCAAUCCCGGGAUCUCCGGGGGGCAAUGGUCGCGCAUCAUCAGUUGUGCCAGAAUAUGAAAAUGACACGACCCAGUUUACAUCCGACAGUGCAUCGCCCAUGCCACACGGCGCCGCGGGGGUGGUUAGCGGCGUGCGCGAUGUGGCGCUGUCGCCGCGCAGGGUCCUCGUCUUCAGCAGCGCCCGCAGUCCCGAACAACAGGGCCGUCAGAGGACAGCUUUCAACAGGCAGGAGGAGCUUUCAGGCAGUGGUUGUGUGGCUAGGAAUUCUCCGCAUUGGGGGCUGGAAUUCCUAGAUGUUACGGACAAGUGGGAGAACCGGCUCAUCGGCUGGACAUCCUCUCCAGACACCAAGCACCAGGCUGCUGUGGCGCUGCAGUUUUACACUGCGGAGGAAGCCAUCGCCUUCUGCAACCGCCAGGGCUGGCAGUACGAGAUGCGGACGCGCGAUGAGGCGGCUGUCCGCGGCGGCGGCGGCCUUUCUGUUGCGAGCGCUGCGACGACGAUAAGAGGGCGCCGCGGCGGCGGCGGUGGCGGCGGCAGGGACGGCUGA